CCCACUAUGGAUGCUUCUAUUGCAAGAAUACGCCGGCCGUCGGCAUAUUAUCGUCGACGUAAGCCGGCUGUGUGCGCGCGACCCCGAGAUGGCGGAAUUCCGCUUUUACAAUUACAGCUUCCAGUAUAAAUUCAUCACAAUCCUGGACCGAACCGUUUUGCCGUGCACACAAACACUGGCUGUUGUAGACACGACACAUGAUAUGUUGUCAGCGCGCCAAUCCUGAUCGUUUUCGUCAAAACUCUGGAUGAUCAAAAACUUCUUAGGACUGAAGGGGUUCCACCUGAAGCGUAUCAUCGGAAAAAACCCUUGUGAUGGCAGCUUUUGCGCAGACGGUCGAGUUUUUGAUCUAAAGAAGAAUGAUCAGAGUGGAGUCUUUGAAUGCAGCAAUGUCUCCCAAGUGCUAACGGUGUCUCAAGAACUGCUGUUAAUCAACUACACAGCGUCAAACUUGACCGGGACAAAUUCACUGCUGGACAGCAUUUUCCGCAUCGAUGGUACAGCCUGGCCGGAAGUGGCUGCAGAGCUCCGGCGGUUCGAAGAUAGCACUGAAUGGGAUGUGCUCAUUCCGCUCAUGCGCGUUUGCUGCACGGAAUCGGCCGCUGAACACUGCCGACGCUAUGUAACAGCGUUGAACGAAAACUGCCCGAACGUCACGCAACGUGCUCGCGCAAAGGUCACGGACAUGCAUGGGCGCUGGGUGCGUAAGUUGGCCUAUCCAACCGAAUGGAUCCAUGUACGCUGGUUCUUCGCACUGUUCAGCAGUUUUCGCUCGGAUCACAGUUCCGAACGGUGGAGUAGAGCGGACUUGCGGGAACUGGACGUGUCGACGUUGAGCAAGGUAGCCGUACACAUUCUGGACGGAUGCUACAAAGACGGUAACGGAAACGAACGAAACUGACAACGAAGUCGCACCAAAGUGCUCUUUCGACGCCGUUUAAAAAUUUAUUCAACUACCCUCUUCUACACCUGAAAUCUGGCGUGUUAUAAUUUUAUUACCGAUUACACAGCUUUGCAACUAUAAUUAUACUUGUUAGCACUGUUAGCACUGCCUUCGUAUUCCGAGUUAGAAAUUUUUUGUCGUCUUGUGAAUGGUAAAUGGUGACUGCAGCU